GAAAGGUAAACUUUAAAAAUAAAUUGAAAGUGAAAGAAAAAAAAAAUGGUAUGGUUCCGGUUAGACGUGUUAUGCUCUUAUCCACUAUACACCAAAGAAACAGAAAACAGAGAAGGCGGGUAGUUACAGUUACAAAGAGUGAAGCAAAUAUGAGGAUAGGAGCAGUGGGAGUGGUGCACAGAACUCCGCCGACAGCCAAUACUUUCCCUCGUCACAACUUCAGGCCUAGAGUUAGAUGCUUUUCCUCUUCUGGUCAUGUAUUAUUCAUCAAGGAUGUAGCUGUAACUCAACCUCCUGAGCAUCUUCAUCACUUGCUCAAAAUGCUUCAAACUAGAGGUGAAACCAUUAUUUCUCCUGGAUCCAGGCAAGGGUUAAUCCCUCUUAUAGUUCCCCUAUCAGAAAAUCAGUCAGGGUCUGUAACUGCACUGCUGCGAUGGCCAACAGCUCCAUCAGGAAUGGAGAUGCCAGUGGUGGAAGUUCGAAAGCAUGGGGUGUGGCUUUUAGCCAAGAAUGUAGAUCAAUACAUACAUAGAAUCGUGGUUGAAGAAGAUGCCAGCCAAUGCCAUGGAAGUAAUGGUGAACUCUAUGAUGCUUCUUCAGAAGCUGGCGAGAAACUAUACAGAAGGGGCGAUUUUGCUGAGUCUCAGAUUGCUAAUGUUGACCAGUAUAUCUUAAAAAAGGUUGGGCUGUUCCCAGAUAUCUUAGAGCGUAAAGUUGUGCAUCAUUUUGAGCAAGAGGACCAUGUUUCAGCAAUGGUGACAGGAGAGUUUUAUACAAGGAAGGACCUAUUUCCCGGAUUUGGACGGCCUUUUGUAUUCUAUGCAGAGAUUUUGCAGAAAGUUAGACGGACCUCAGAAGCCAAAGAUGCUGCAAGGGUCGCUUUGAAAUCACCAUGGUGGACUUUAGGUUGUGCUUACCAGGAAGCUGCUAGCAUUGCACAAUGGGAGGAUGAGCAGAUUGAAUACGUCAAGGAGAAGGUGAGUGAAGAGGGUAAACGGGAAGAUUUGAAGAAAGGAAAGGCAGCUGCCCAGAUUGCAUUGGAUGAGGCUGCCUUCCUAUUAGAUUUAGCUUCUAUUGAAGGAACUUGGGCUGAUGUCACAGAGCGAAUUGCUGAAUGCUAUAUCGAGGCUGGAUUUAAUGAUAUUGCAAAGUUUAUAUUGUACAAAGAUUGAUAAUUAAUUAGACGAGGAUUACGAUUCAUGGUCGAGAAGUCUACUCUUGAGCUCAUUUUUGGGUUUCUACAUCUUGCUCAUGAAAAGAGAGUAAUGUAAAUGGAUAUUGAUUAGUAUCUUCUAGACUAUUGGAGCGUCUCUCUUGAGUUCUGUAAUCUGUAUGGGACAAGAAUUUUACAUUUGAUUUUCACUUUUAUGUUUACUUUUAAAAGCAAAAAAAGCUAAAGUGUACACCUUGAUUUCCUUCAAUAAAAUUUAUUUUUUUGAGAGAAUAAAAA